AGAAUUAUCUCGGACAGUAACUCUACUAAACGACAUUUUACUAUUUUGAAAGAUCGUUUUGGAUCACAGCAUUGUACUUCUUUUGCCGUUUGACUAAGGUUGUGUAGAAACAAGAAAAAAAAGAAGCUGUCAUAAUGGCGCUAAUGAUACUGCCAUUCAUUGGAUCAUUGUCUGUAUCUGAGAGUUUGGUGGCCAUGGCAACGGUGUGUCUGGUCUACCUGAUCCUCAAGUUCUUCCGCACUGAGAUUCCUGAGGGGCUUCGUCGGCUCCCUGGCCCAAAGCCCCUGCCUAUAAUUGGAAAUGUGCUGGAGGUGGGCAGCAAACCUUACCUGAGUCUCACUGCCAUGAGCAAGCACUACGGCCCUGUGUUUCAGAUCCAGAUCGGCAUGCGCCCUGUAGUCGUGCUGGGCAGCAAUGAGAUAGUCCGACAGGCUCUCAUUAAGCAAGGGGAUGAUUUUUCAGGCAGGCCUGACCUGUACAGCUUCAGGUUCAUCAACGAUGGCAAGAGUCUGUCCUUCAGUACAGACAAGGCCGGUGUCUGGCGUGCACGCAGAAAGCUGGCCUACAGUGCUCUUCGCUCUUUCUCCACCCUGGAGGGCACAACCCCAGAGUACUCCUGCAUGCUGGAGGAACACAUCUGCAAAGAGGGAGAGUAUCUGCUCAAACGGCUGAACAGUGUCAUGAAGGAAGAUGGCAGCUUUGACCCCUUCCGCAACAUUGUUGUCUCUGUUGCUAAUGUGAUCUGUGGUAUGUGCUUUGGCCGGCGUUAUGACCACAAUGACCAAGAGCUGGUCGGCUUGGUAAACCUCAGCGAUGAGUUCGGCCAGGUGGUGGGCAGUGGCAACCCUGCAGACUUCAUCCCUAUUCUUCAAUUCCUGCCCAGUACAACAAUGAAGAGGUUUGUGAACCUCAAUGAGCGCUUCGUCAAGUUUGUGCAAAAGAUCGUCACCGAGCACUAUUCCACUUUUGACAAGGACAACAUUCGUGACAUCACGGACUCCCUAAUUGAUCAUUGCGAGGACAGGAAGUUGGAUGAGAAUUCCAACAUCCAGGUGUCAGAUGAGAAGAUUAUAGGGAUUGUCAAUGACCUGUUUGGAGCUGGUUUUGACACUGUCUCCACGGCCCUGUCUUGGUCAGUGAUGUACAUGGUGGCCUACCCAGAGGUUCAAGAAAGGCUUUUUCAAGAACUGAAGGACACAGUAGGACUGGACCGCACUCCUCUUCUCUCUGAUAAACCCCAUUUACCCUAUCUGGAGGCCUUCAUCAUGGAGAUCUUCCGCCACUCUUCAUUCCUGCCCUUCACUAUCCCACACUGCACCACCAGAGACACAUCUCUGAAUGGCUUCUUCAUUCCUAAAGACACAUGUGUCUUCAUCAAUCAGUGGCAGGUCAACCAUGAUCCUGAGCUGUGGAAAGAUCCGUCCUCCUUCAAUCCAGAACGCUUCCUGAGUGCUGACGGCACUGAGCUCAACAGGCUGGAAGGGGAGAAGGUGUUGACUUUUGGUAUGGGAAAGCGCCGCUGCAUUGGCGAGGUCAUUGCACGAAAUGAAGUCUACCUCUUCUUGGCCAUCCUUGUCCAGAAGCUGCACUUCCACGCCAUACCAGGAGAGCCACUGGACAUGACUCCAGAAUAUGGUCUCACAAUGAAGCAUAAACGCUGCCACUUGACAGCCACAAUGCGAGCAAGGAAUGAGCACUGAAGCUAUUUAUAAUGUACAAUGCAUAAUUCAAUAGCUGGUAUAAGUUGACUCUAACACUGUACGGGUCACAGUCAGGUUAAGAGUAAGUGAAAGAGGCAUCUUUCUCAGAAUGUAAGGCACCAGAUGCCAAAUUUGAUCAACAGAACUAAUUACAUUGACGCAAAUAAGUGAAAUUUGCUUGUUGUAAAAUGUCAGAGAUAUCUACAUUUGUAUGAACAUAUCUCUGUCAUAGUUUUGGUUCUCUAUGAGAUAUUGCUGCACAUGGUUGGUGCUUCUCAGCGAAGUAUAAGGAGAUAUUUGGUUCUCUAGGUCUCUUGUCUGGUAGAAUAAACUGUUCCCAUUCAACAAUUGUAAAACACAUGGAGAAUAAGUUGACUUGUUGGGACAUACAGUAUGUUUUACUGGACAGGCAUUACAAUUUAGGCCAAUGCAACCUACAUUUUUCUUCUAUGAUGUAGGAGUCUGAAUUGAACAGAUAUUAUCUUAUGAUACCACCUACACCUGCAAGCUAAUUAUUUCCAUUAUAACAUGGAUGUAAGACACUGAAGCUAUAUUUGUAUCCCAAAAUGUGAUUUUGUGUGUGUGUAUAUCAAGUUCAAUGUAUUUUAUAAAAAUAUUUUUUAUGUGCCUAGUGUAUGUAAAUAUUUGAGGUGAAAUUGUUUUGCUGUGCAUUUAUCAGGACACCAAAAGAGUUCCAGUAAUUUUUGGAAUAUAGACCAUACAAUGUUUGUAUUUUUUACUCUGAUAUAUCCAUGAUUGAAUAACAUGUAUGAGCAAGUGAAUGAAGCACGCAAAUCAGCCGCACAAAUAAAAUAAGAAAUGAUGAAA